CGUCGACGUCAGCAUAACAACAACCUGUCAUGACAGCUCGUGUGGGGGACAAAAUAACGAUUAAGAUAUCAAACCAUAUAAAAUCCGUUUCACCUGGAUGUAAGAUUACCUCUUUAAGUGCGUGAGAUCCAGGAGGGACAGGGCAUUCUAGGACCUGUCAGCUAGCCAGCCGAAGAGACGGGGAACAGGAUAGGGAAGCAGGGCGAGGCGGGCCCCGCGGAGCCGGUGGAGAAGAUGGCCGGCAGCCCGGAGAAGAGCUCCACCGCGCAGGAGCUGAAGGAGCAGGGGAACCGGCUCUUCCUCUGCCGCAAGUACCAGGAGGCUGCUACGUGUUACAGUAAAGCUAUUAACCGUAAUCCAUCAGUGGCAGUGUACUACACCAACAGGGCUCUCUGCCAUGUGAAGCUGCAGCAGCAUGACAAGGCUCUGGCAGAUUGUAAGCACGCGCUGGAGCUGGACAGCCAGUCAGUAAAGGCCCACUUCUUCUUAGGCCAGUGUCACCUGGAGCUGGAGAACUAUGACGAGGCCAUCGGCAACCUGCAGAAAGCUUUUAAUUUGGCAAAAGAACAAAGACUGAAUUUCGGAGAUGACAUCCCCAGCGCCUUGCGCAUUGCAAAGAAGAAGCGAUGGAACAGCAUUGAGGAGAAGCGCAUCAACCAGGAGAACGAGUUACAUGACUAUCUGACUAAACUCAUACAGGCUGAGAAGGAAAGAGAAUUUGAAGAAUACAAAGAGAAACAGGACGACAAUCAAAAUGGAGGAGACGCUGCCAAGGUUGCAUCAAAACAUGACAAGUACCUAAUGGACAUGGAUGAGCUCUUCUCUCAAGUGGAUGAGAAAAGAAAAAAGCGGGAGAUCCCAGAUUACCUGUGUGGUAAGAUCAGUUUUGAGCUGAUGAGGGAGCCCUGCAUCACACCCAGUGGGAUCACGUAUGAUCGCAAGGACAUCGAAGAGCACCUACAGCGAGUGGGUCAUUUUGACCCGGUCACCAGGAGUCCCCUGACCCAGGACCAGCUGAUCCCGAACCUGGCCAUGAAGGAAGUGAUCGAUGCCUUUAUCCAGGAGAACGGCUGGGUGGAGGACUACUGAAAGGACCCCCCCCACCCCCCACCCCCACCUCUCUCCCAUCUCUCCAUCAUACCCAAACACAAGCCUGGACAACACAAGACUGUAGAGAACAGAUCACCCCCUUGCCUGGAGAUGUACUUUAUACAAGCUGGAAAAAGCUACACUAUGGACUACCGAACGAGAGCCAUGUAUCUCACUCUGCCUCUUCCUCCCCACAUUUUAUCUUUGCCGUAAAACUCCCCGCUCCUACCUUCUAAGGCUCGGUGUCCAUGGCCUGCUGCUCCCUUUAAAGCCCUCUUCAUUCUGCUCUGACUAUACUUUCUCUCUUCCUUUCUUUUAUGCUGUAUCAAGUCUCUCAAGCCUGACUCCCUUCUUUAAAUAAGGGGCCACGUUCUCAGGUCUGUCUUGCUCCCUCCCUACUCCGCCUCCCUUUUCUCCGAGUGCCACAAUCCUUGGAUAGCGUCAGCAUUGCACUCCAGUAUUUUACAGAAACCACCAAUAUUAAAGAAAGACAUCUUACACACGGUGGUAGAAUACAUAAAUACACUGUCCUUUUUAUUUGGCAUUUACUCCAGUAUUUCUUGGUAACUUUUUCAUUAAACGUUGAAGCGUUAGCCCACUUCAUAAUCACGUUAGCUUGAACUGGUAACUAAAAUGCCAAAAAAAAAAGACUUCUCGGGAGCGACUAGUUUGUGUGUAGGUUUUACAUAAUGAAGUCCCGCCUCCACCUCCAGGUGGCGCUCCAAACAUACCCACCCCAUAUCACCAUACUGUAAUAUUUUGAGAAAAGAUUUUUUCUUUCUUUGCAUAUCAAUCACACCCCCAAUACAGACAAUUUAAAUAAGUUGAAUGUAUGCAUAAUACUCUUAGAUUUAGGCUUGACCUUUGGUAAUUCAUAAAUGUUUUUUUUUUUCAUAAUACCAGGUUUUUAUUAAAAGCAGCCUUGAACUGGAUGCAGAAAAUCAAUAGAAACGACCGCUGAAUAGAAAAAAAAAAAGUUUUCACAUAGCUGGAUAUUAAUUGAAAAAUGUUUGAAUAUUGGUGGCUGACGUGAGUUGUUCAGGUUGAUGCUAGAAACCUGCUUUUGGAGAAUGGUCUGUGCUGUCUGUGUUGCUCAUAGAAACAAAAAAAAAAAUGUGCUUGGACGUUGUGUUUGGCUCGUGCUGUUUGCCAUGAAUGAUAGCGGACGCUCACAUCAAGCAUGAAGUGAAUUGUUUUUCUUUUCCUAUGCAAAGGCAAGAGGAUGGUAACCAUUGCUCUCCCCCUUUUUUGCUGUUCAUUUUGUGCACCUCCCCCCCCCCCCCUUAUAAAGUCACAGGUUGCACCAGCUUAUGUAAACCAAUCAUCGGUGUGAGACUCAGUUUAAGUCGUGUCUUGUUGCAGGGAUUUGAGGUUCGCUGGCAUCACUGUACCGACCUCCUCCUGUGUUAGAAAUGCUGGAAGAGUUUAUGACCAUUAUAUUAUAUCGCAUCCGUACCUCAGUCCAAAUUCUUUUGGAUGCUGGUUCACUGGCAUUCUCUGUAGAACACAUUUUCAUUUCAGCAUUAGUUUACAGGUUUUCCAGCCGAAUGCGUGUCUGUGGUGAGUUAGGCCUGUCGGUGGUUCAAUGUCUGUGUGCAGGCAGUGUAAAUAAUUUGCUCGUGUAUCAGAUUUUAUUUCUUGACAAAAUAGGGUUCUUUUUUUUUUUUUUUUUUCUUGAUAAAUCCUAGAGCUUGAGAAUCUGUAUUAAAUGUAGAUAUGUUGAUAACAUAAAUGCCUGGUUCAGUUUUCAUUUGUCCCCAUUAAACUGUGAACUUUGAGUUUGUUGUUUUUGUGACGCCGUUAAAUAGAUACCAAGUAUGAUGACGUCUGUACUGUACUGCUCAUAAGCAACCCAUCAAUAGCAAUCAAAUGGUUUCCAACACGUGUUAUGUUAUAAUAUAGGUAUAUAUUCAUAAGAUUGCAGCUUCAAAGCGAAAUAACUGCUUUGCAGUACAAUCCGUGACAUGAGCUUUUCAAUAAAUGCUCAUUUGUUGAAGCUGA